AUAAUUCGGUCGAUGAUCAAUAAUAUCAACAGUACUGGAGGAGGGCCAUGCACGGCCCCCAUGCAAGGUGGUGGUAGUGGGAACGGUACCGGCAACCCUCCGGCGUUGCGGAAGGUAAUGGUGGUGGCAGAGCCAAACCGUGAGUCUGUAGUUGCAUUGCAAUAUGCUCUUUCACAUGUAUUGUUUGAGCAAGAUGAAUUGAUUCUUCUUCACGUUGAGAAUCAAAACCCAUCAUGGAAAUACACAUUCUCUACGUUUCUUAAAAGGCCUAGUGUAGGCUCAUCAUCCUCAUCAUCUUCUUCAUCCUCAAACAUGGGAUCCUCGGAAGGAGGUGGAUCAUGUGGAGCUGUACCUGUGGAUGUGGAUUUUCUUGAAGAAAUGAAGAGUGCAUGUAAGGUUGCUCAUCCUAAAGUUAGAGUCCGUGUAGAGAGGGUGGAAAUGGAAGGCAAGGACAAGGCAAAUACUAUUCUUUUCCAAAGCCACCAACUUGGGAUCGAUGUCAUAGUUAUAGGGCAGCGCCGGAGUCUUUCAACAGCAAUAUUAGGACAUAAGCGGCCUCUUAGAGGAACAAAAGUGGUAGACACGGCAGAGUACCUGAUCGAGAAUAGCAAGUGCACCUGUGUUGCAGUGCAGAAAAAGGGCCAAAAUGCAGGCUUUCUUCUCAAUACAAAAACCCACAGGAAUUUCUGGCUCCUGGCGUAAGCACUCAAAUCUAUUCAGAGUCGCUCGCACUUCUUCAAGUUCUCUGUAUGGCAGUCAAUUGGCUCUAUUCAGUUGAUGUUUAAUAGAAAAGCUUGACUGCUUUGAGUUCAAGGAAUCAGCUGACUGUUAGAUUGACUGAAAUGGAUUUCUCUCAUUGCUUUCCUUUAGCUAUGAAGUGAACCAUAUGCAUGAUUUUUCUCUACAUCCAAUGCAAGAAGAUUGUAUAUAUUUGCAACAGGCAGUCUCUUGAUAACUGACCAUACAAAAAUAAGAUUGAAGCCAACUUUACUUUUCCUUUCUCUUCUUAAAUAACUUU